UUUUCCCCAAAAAUAACAAAAAAUAAAAAACAGCAAUUUCUAUAUAAAUCCCCGCUUUCAAUUCUUCCUACCCUCAUUUGACAUUUCUCUAUCCUCUGUCUAUUUCAUUAAUCCUCUUUUUCUUUUUGCAGAUUAAUUUAAUCAGUUUCGAUUUUUGUUUCUGGAAAAUUUCUGUGUGUAUAAAUUCUUGUAUCCAACAAUGUCGACAGAAAACGAGAGAGAGACUCAGGUUUACUUGGCUAAACUAGCCGAACAAGCUGAACGUUAUGAAGAAAUGGUAGAAUGCAUGAAGACAGUAGCAAAAUUAGAUGUUGAGUUGACUGUGGAGGAAAGGAACCUCCUUUCUGUGGGUUACAAAAAUGUCAUUGGUGCUCGAAGAGCCUCUUGGCGUAUUAUGUCUUCAAUUGAACAGAAAGAAGAGUCAAAAGGAAAUGAAAAUAAUGUCAAGCUCAUAAAGAAUUACCGUCAAAAGGUAGAAGAUGAGCUGACUAAGAUCUGUCAGGACAUUUUGGCUAUCAUAGAUGCACAUCUAGUUCCUCAUUCUAGCAGCAGAGAAGCCACUGUUUUCUACUACAAGAUGAAAGGUGACUACUUCCGCUAUCUUGCCGAGUUUAAGUCAGAUCAAGAAAGGAAGGAAGCUGCUGAACAGUCACUCAAGGGCUACGAGGCGGCUUCUGCCACAGCAAAUACGGAUCUACCUUCAACCCAUCCCAUCCGUCUUGGUCUUGCUCUAAACUUCUCUGUCUUCUACUAUGAGAUUAUGAACUCUCCAGAAAGGGCAUGUCAUCUGGCCAAGCAAGCAUUUGAUGAAGCCAUUGCUGAAUUGGACACUUUGAGUGAGGAAUCAUACAAAGACAGCACCUUAAUUAUGCAGCUAUUGAGAGACAAUCUCACUCUAUGGACCUCUGACUUGCCCGAAGAUGGAGGUGAGGAGAAUUCCAAGACCGAGGAAUUGAAACCUGCAGAGGCUGAAGCACAGUAGUGAUCUAACCUACUCAUUGACGAGAUUCUGUAAACGAUGUGGCUUGAACUCCUUUCUCCAAAGUCCAAAGGCAAUUGUUGUAUUGGCGACGUUUAAAGUAUAAAAACUGCAGUUUUGUACUGCUGUAUAAGCUGCAAGAGAAUCAUUGAAAAGCCUCUUAUCUGCUUUCAUCCUACAUUGUUUUUUGGUUUUGGUUAUUAUGUAAAAUUUAAAGAGCAUGUAUGCGCAAUUGUAAGCUCUUUUAUAUUGCAAUUGCAUGUCUUUUUUCUUUGAUUUGAAACCCAUAUUCAUGUAUUCAUUAGAUUCUUCGACACAUGAUUUUGUUUUGGAAUGGCAUUCUUUAUUGCAUCUAAUUAUAUUUUUUGUUCAACAAGCGAGAAAUCAAAAGCUCAUUUUCAGGACAUGUAUUGUUGACAUAUAAACUGAAAAUUGAGUUUGGUUUAACUUGGAGAACAAGUACUACUUUCUAGGAAAUGUU